UUCUCUAAUUCUUUCAGGAAGAAGAAAGAAAAAAUGAUGAGAACUCGAUUAGUUUCGUUUGGAUUUGGUUUCUGUGUAACUGGAGCUGCAAUUGCACAGUUUUUUUGGAAAGAUUUGCUCACUGAACGAAUUUCUCUCACUUCAGAAGUGAAACACAAAUUCGAUGCAUUAGAAGCAAGGAUUUCUACUCUUGAAUCUCUUAAACUUCAGAAGGAAUCAGCUCAGGAUGAAGGACAAGUUAGAGCGGAAGCUUAGAUUCUCUAUGUUACGUUUGGGUUUAAAUUCUGCGACCAUUUCAUGGGAUAAAAGCUUACGUGUUUUUGGUGUAUAUUUCACAAGUUUAAAGACCGGUGCUGAGACUCUGGGAGCAUUAUGUUUCUAGCUUUGUUGUAAUGAAAUGAAAACAAUCUUAUGUCUGCAGAACAACAGAGUCUACUUCUGUUAAACAAUAAUCUAAUAGCCAAGGUUUUGAAAUACAUAUUGUCAGGUGUGCAUCAGUUAUAUUAAUCCAAAUAUGAAACUUGAAUGCA